AUGAAAGCAGCAAUAAAAUCGAUAACCAAAGUUUCUCCAAUAACUGGUUUUAAAUUUCCAAAAACAACCAAAAAAUUAGCUACUAUUGACAAACGCAAUAAUGAGAAUAACAAUGAUAUCAAUGCAAAGAAUGUAAAGAUCCCAUCAAUUACAAAUGAUCCUGAUAUUCCCGAAAAUAUAAAGGAAAAAGACACAACAACCUCUGAUUUAACAGAAACAACAGAUGCAACAGAAACAACAGAAAAGACUGCAAUGAAUCAAAUGACAGAAAUGAAUUCGUUCGUGUCAGACUCGAAUAAUAAUACAGAAAUUUUGAUUAUUGAAGAUUCGUUUAUUUCUGCGUCAGAUACUAAAAUAAAUUCUAAAGAUAAAAAAUCAAAAUCAUUUGUGAGUAAUCAACAGAACGACACAAUACUUGAGAUUAUAGAAGAAGAUGCCGAGCUUGACUUUAAUAUAAAAUCGAAGUCUCUUAAAAAGGAAAAAGGAAAAGAAAAAGAUAAUACAGAAGAAAUUCUAGAAGAAUUUCAGUUAGAAAUUGAAGAAAAGAUGAAUUCCGAAAUGCUCAAACCCAAUAAAGUUGAAAAGAAAUAUUUAUUUAUAUCUGCAAGAAUUUGGAUUGGAAUAAUAAGUAUUAUUUCAAUAGUAUCAAUUAUAAUCGGUUUAAUUCUUAUGCCACAUAAUUAA